AUGGCUGCCGUGGUCAACCUCGACGACGACGACGUCAUGGAGCCUACGCUCCAGUCCAUCCUCGACCAACGCUCCCUCCGCUGGAUCUUUGUCGGCGGCAAGGGCGGUGUCGGCAAGACCACCACCUCGUGCUCCCUCGCCAUCCAGCUCGCCAAGGUCCGCCGCAGCGUCCUGCUCAUCUCCACGGACCCCGCACACAACCUGUCCGACGCCUUUGCGCAAAAGUUUGGCAAGGACGCCCGCCUGAUUGACGGAUUCACCAACCUCAGCGCCAUGGAGAUUGACCCGAGCGCGGGUCUGCAGGACAUGCUGGCCGGCAUGAACGAGGAUGGCAGUGGCGGCGGCGGCGGCGGCGCGGCGGCCGGCAUGAACUCCAUGGUCCAGGACCUGGCCCUGUCCAUCCCCGGCAUCGACGAGGCCAUGUCCUUUGCCGAGGUCCUGAAGCAGGUCAAGUCGCUGUCGUACGAGACGAUUGUCUUUGACACCGCCCCCACGGGCCACACGCUGCGCUUCCUGCAGUUCCCCACCGUCCUCGAAAAGGCCCUGGCCAAGAUCAGCCAGCUGUCCGAGCAGUACGGGCCCCUCCUCAACGGCCUCAUGGGCGCGGGCGGUGCCGGCGGCGGCGGCGCCCUGCCCAACGGCCAGAGCCUCUCGGGCAUGAUUGCCCAGCUCGAGUCGCUGCGCCAGACCAUUUCCGAGGUCAACACCCAGUUCAAGGACGACGCGCUCACCACGUUUGUCUGCGUGUGCAUCCCCGAGUUCUUGUCGCUCUACGAGACCGAGCGCAUGAUCCAGGAGCUCGCCAGCUACCAGAUCGACACCCACUGCAUCGUCGUCAACCAGCUGCUCUACCCCCGCAAAGGGUCGGCCUGCGAGCAGUGCGGCGCGCGCCGGCGCAUGCAGAAAAAGUACCUCGACCAGAUCGAGGAGCUGUACGACGACUUCAACGUGGUCAAGAUGCCGCUGCUCGUCGAGGAGGUGCGCGGCAAGGAGAAGCUGGAAAAGUUUAGCGACAUGCUGAUCCACCCGUAUGCGCCUCCAGACGUUGACGAUGGCGACGAGAAGAACUAG